AUGCGCUCAUACGAUUCUCACGCCGACAGGCCUCGCGUCUUGUUCCUCGGCAAGCCUAAAUUUUCCGGAGGCGGUAUCGAGGAGAAUCAGAAAUACUUCAAUGUCGAUAUCCUCGAUGCUUCGACACGGACCGAGCUGCUCGCCAAACUACCACAUGCCAUCGCAACUCGCGGGCCAUACCAUGCGGUCGUCUGUCGCCUGGGCACUCAGCCCUUUGAGCCUUUCGAUGCCGAACUCCUUUCGCCGCUACUACCACAACUGAAGAUAGUCGUCUCUGCGCAGAUGGGCUUUAACGACUUCGAUGUGAGCUGGAUGACAUCGCAAGGCAUCUGGUUCUGCAACACUCGACACGCCACCGGGGAAGCUACAGCCGACAUGGCUCUUUUCCUCAUUCUGGCUGUCCUCCGUGAUACCAGCCGUGCAGAGAAGAAUUUCCGAGAAGGCCGUUGGCGACAAGGCCUCGAGCUCACCCGAGACCCAGCAGGACUCACGCUGGGGAUUGUCGGCAUGGGCAAUAUCGGGAGGUGUCUUGCGCGGAAGGCAGCUGCGUUCAACAUGCGCAUCCGAUAUUACAACCGGAGCCGCAUACCUGCAGAGAAAAUUCCCGCCGGAGCCUCGUAUUGCGGCACUUUGGAAGAGCUUCUACAAACUUCCGACAUCAUCUCCCUUCACUGCCCCCUGACGCCCGGAACCACUCACCUGAUGAGCGAAGCCGAAUUUGGGAUGAUGAAAGAAAAUUCAUAUAUCGUCAACACUUCGCGCGGGCCAAUCAUCGAGGACGAGGCGCUUAUCGCUGCCCUUGAAAGUGGCAAGAUUGCUCGAGCCGGGCUGGACGUCUUCGGAGGCGAGCCUGCAGGCAUCCACCCGUAUUUCAUGCAAAGCGACAAGGUAGUGGUCCAGCCGCACAUGGGAGGCUUGACGCAGGGGUCCUUUGCCAAGGCCGAACAAGAAUGCUUCGCCAACAUGCGAAGCUAUUUUGCCACGGGCAGGCCGCUGGCGCCGGUCAACGAAGUCCGUUUCAGAAAGGACUCUUUCGAGCCCGAGUCGGAGUGA